AUGGGCCCCCGUACCGCCUCCUCAUGCUGCUGCCAGGCCCGUAAUCUGCCAUGGGCCCCUGUAACCGACUCCUCAUGCUGCUGCCAGGCCCGUAAAUCUGUCAUGGGGCCCCUGUACCGCCUCCUCAUGCUGCUGCCAGGUCCAGAGUGUCUCAUGGGUCCCUGUACGGCCUCCCAUUGCUGCUGUCUCCUUCGCCACACUCUGCCAUGUGCCACUUUCAGUUCUCCUCACACUGCUGGUGGGUUCCAUUUUUUGUCAUAGGGUGCUGUAUGGCCUCCCAUUGCUGCUGCCUCCACCGCCACACUGUGGCUCCACACUCUGGUUUUGGCCCCGUGACUGCCCAAAUGAGUGAAGUGUGCGGUGAUUCUAAGAUCGACGGCACUCAUCUGCAUGUCAUACUGACUGACAGUAUUAUUUCUCUUCCCCAGCAGACUCCAAGGGCAUUUAAAUUAAAGGUACAGUGUUCUGCACUAAUAUAA